CACAUCAACACCCGCAGCUCCCAUCAAUCUCUCAAUACAGCAACAAACAACCUCCUUUCGGCGAAACCAAUCUCAAAAAUUCGCUAUCAACUAAGAAAAAAAUAUCUACAGCCAACAUGCCCUCCCUCCGCAGCCUCCUACUCCUACCACGGUCCGCAUCGCUGCGUCCCACCGCUACGACCCUACCGCCGCCAGCACGCUGCCCCCCGUCCCGCGCCAUCGCCACCACCGCCCGGCUCCGCGUCGAGAACAAGCCGGACAGCGAGAAGAAGAAGCAGGACCCCAAGGAGGAAGAGCAUCCCGGCACCAUCGCCGACCCCAUGGACGACGUCGUCGCGGGGGACGGCUCCGGCGCGCUCGGCCGUACCGGCGGCGGCGAGCCCUUGUCCAGCUCGUCGCCCAACGCGCCGCCCCGGCCAAAGGUCUUCAACUCGAGCAUCGCCGGCGGGGACGGGCUCGCCGACGAGCUGACGAGCGAGCAGAAGGCCGAGGUGCGCGAACACAACGAGCACUUCCAACAGAAGCACGACCGCGGCAUGCGGGCUCCUGAUGACAAGGUGGACCAAAAGUUCUGGAACGGCGGUGACGGCAACGGCAACGGCGAUCGCAAAGGAUCGUCCAAGGGAAAGGGCUCGUGAGGCGGCUUGCCAGAAGUUGACUUGACAUGAUGGACGGGCACUGCAUAAUACACAGUGUGCAGUGGACUCGCAGACGCACCCUGAAGAGGAAUGUAUUACUAGAUGGCCAUGAGGCAUCGUUUUUAAACAUGGCAUGUAUCAAUCUUCCUGCAGAGCCUUGU